AUGGAGUAUUGUGUAAUUUGCAAGGAAUUAUCAACCAAUGGCCUCGAAACAGUGGAACUUAGGCAAAAAGGAAGCGAUGGCAUCAACAAUGCAAGUAAACUACGUGGCGACACACUCCAAACUUUUGCAGGACAGCGUGUACAUCAAAAAUGCAGGCAGAAAUACUGUCAUGUAAAGGUUAUUCGUUCCUACAUAAAGAAACAUACGGCUGAUGAAGAAACAUCCUCUAGUGCAAGUCGUACCCUGCGUUCCAGUGAACCAACAUUUGAUUUUGGUGAACGAUGUUUAUUUUGCAGCCAGCCUGCUAAACUUACGGGAAACAAAAGAGGACAUGAUGUUUUUCCUGUUAGAACAUUAGAUUUUCAAACCACAUUAAACCGAAUUUGUGAGGAGCGAAGAGACGGUUGGGCUGAGAAAGUGCAUGGCAGAAUAUCUUUUUCCCAAGAUCUCAUUGCAGCAGGUGCAAUUUAUCACCAAGUUUGCAGUACCAAUUUUCGGACGGGGAAGCAAGUACCGCUUUCUCAUCAAACUAACGGAAGCAAACGACAAAAGAAAGGCAGGCCAACUGAUAAGUCUAGGCAAGAGGCAUUCUUGGAGGUUGCAAAAUAUCUUAAGGAAAACGAUGACGAGCAGUUAACUGUGAACGAUCUUAUGAAUAAGAUGGCAGAAUUCAACGACCAAGAACCUUACAGCGCACGGUAUAUGAAAGAAAAACUUAAAGAGCAUUUUGGAGAAAACAUCGUUAUUGCUAGUAUCAAUGGUAAGGCUGAUGUCGUAACAUUUAGGAGUACAGCUUCGACCAUCUUGCAAAAUUUUUAUGACGCUUCUAGAGAUGCUGACCCUGAAGCCGAUAAAAUCAGAGUGAUUAAGGCAGCUGCUGAUCUCAUAAAAACGGACAUCAAAAGUAAGGACAUCUCUAAAAGUUUUUAUCCAUUACCUGGAGAGAUUUCGUCUUUGGAUGAAAACUGCGCUUUUCUACCUGAAACGUUGUAUUUGUUUCUGAGAACAAUAUUUAACGAAAAGAGUGCAGAGCGAAAGAUUGCUUCCAUAGGGCAAGCCAUUAUUCAAGCCGCUCGGCCCAGGGUCCUGAUAGCUCCUCUUCAAAUCGGCCUGGCAGUCCAAAUGCACCACCAUUAUGGAUCCAAAUUUUUAAUUGAUUCCUUGAAUAGUCAUGGGUUUUGCUCCUCUUACACUGAAGUUAAGAAAUUUGAAAUGAGUGCGGCGCAAACAAAAGGCACAGAUAUUCCUGGUUUAACCCCUGGUCACUUUGUACAAUAUGUAGCAGAUAAUGUAGACCACAAUGUCUGUACGUUGGACGGACAGAACACUUUUCAUGGUAUGGGGAUAAUAGCUGCUGUUACUCCGGCCACGCAUCCAGAUUCUCCAAUACCGAGGUGUUCCACCACAGCUGCAGAGAUAGCAAAUAUUGGAAAGAUUGAUAUUCACUAUUACAAGACGGCUAAUGAUGUCAAAGUGCCUUUGGUUUAUGAGAAACUGCCAUGUCUUUCUAACGUCAAUAAAACUUGGAAGUUAGACUUUCUCUGCAGUUUAGUUUGGCCAAUUCGAUCCCCCAAGCCAAAUUGGUCUGGAUUAAUGCAGACUAUAAGCAAAGGAAGCCAUCCCGGAAAAUCUUCUGUUACAUUCUUACCAAUGAUUGACAUGGAUCCAACAAACAUGAGCUGUAUAUAUUCAACGCUUAAAUUUGUAGAAGCACAAUGUAAAAGACAACAUACCACGCCUAUUAUUACAUUCGACCAACCCUUGUGGUGGAAAGCGCAGCUUAUCGUAGAGAGUGAACCACCAGACAGUGAACUGCGCUCUAUAAUACUUCGUCUUGGAGGAUUCCACGCAGAAAUGAGUUUUCUUGGUUGCAUAGGCAGCAUUAUGUCUGGUUCUGGUAUUGAAGAACUUUUAGAGUGUGUGUAUGCUUCAAAUACGGUGGGACACAUGCUCAGCGGCAAAGCUGUUCAAAGGGCAUUCAGAGGACAUUUACUAGUGGAAAAUGCUCUAAAUGCAAUUCUCACCGCCGAUGCCUUCAAUUUAAGUCUACCUAAGGCGUGUUUUGCCAAGAAUUAUGAAGAGGGAGAGCUUGUGAAAGAUCGAAGGCAAACAGUUCCAGUACUCGACAGCGUUGUAGUUGAGCGCGAUGUUCUUAAUGUUGCAGACACAGAGCCAGUGAACCGCGGGGACCGAAGUCAAACAGUUCCAGUGCCCGACAGCGUUGUGGUUGAGCGCGAUGUUCUCAAUGUUGAAGACACAGAGCCAGGGAAACUCAGCGACCCAAGGCAAACAGUUCCAGUGCCCGACAUAGUUGUGGUUGAGCGCGAUGUUCGAUAUGUUGAAGACACAGAGCCAGUGAAACGCGGGGAACCAAGGCAAACAGUUCCAGUACCCGAAAAAGUUGUAAUGGAGAGUGAUGUUCUUAAUGUUGAAGAAACAGAGCCAGUGAAAGGCAAAGACCCAAGUCAAAACGUUCCAGCGCCCGGCAGUGUUGUAAUCC